UGCUGCGCAGCUCCAGGCCCCUCUGUCUGCCCCAGCAUCCAGGGGAUGCACUGGGAUGUGGUGGGAUGCAGCCAUCUGGCAUGGGCUGGGGGUGCACGCUUAGAGAGUGGGAAGCAGGAGUCAAAGAGGAGAGGAAAACGGUACAGAGGCAACGGUGGAGCAGGGAGUCAUCUGUGGGCAACCCCAGUUAAACUGCAGGACAUGCUGCUGAGCUGGGAAGCAGAGAGAAAGGAUCCAGAGGUCAGGAAGAGUUUCCUCUCUCAGUUAACUCAAGCCUGCCGUUGCCUGUUCCGGAUAAUGAACAUCCCUUUCACCUGCCAAGCAUUGGGUUAGAAUAAAUCACAGACACCAACUGGGAAGUAGCCUUCAGGUUGUCUCCUGGUGUGCUGUCUUGGAGCCCUUCGGUGCUGCUCUGUCCCUACCUGCAGACAGACAGAUGGACGGUGCUGGCUCUGCUCCUGCACCUUCCCUUCUCUGUGCCAGGCUUCUUACAGAGCCCACCCCCGUGGGCCUCAUUCCCAGGUGGAUUUCCUCUUCCCUAUGGGAUCUAACGGGCCUUUCUAAUCCUGCUCUGUUUAUCUGGUGCACUGGUGAGUACCAUAUAACAGGAAUUCUUUCUGUUCAGUCACAUGGGAUUAAAAGAAGUGGCAAACGUAAGGAGAAGUGGGCCAGCACAUCCACCCUCACCAGCCUGCUUCUCUGUGACUGGGGAAUAAGGGCAAAUGAAUUGGCUUUUAUCCCAUCAUCCAUUUAAACAGCAAUUUAGGUUCAGUUUGGUUCCUCCUGCUGGUGGGUUCCUGCCGCAGCCGCUGCUUCACUCAUGGACACGCCAUGGCAUGGGGACACCGAGCCCCCCGCUGCUCCGGCAGUGGCAGGACAGGGAUGGGGCAGGGCUGCUGUCUCUGCGGGGCUGCACUGCCCCAACAAAGGGCCUCUUGUUUGUCCCAUUAGUGCCAUCAUUAAAUACCCGUUAGUCUCCUGGGGAGAGCAAACGCAGCCCACCCAGGGCCUGGCAGAGGGGCUGCAUGGCCCCAGACCCCCGGGUCCCCCCCACCAGCCCCGGGCUGAGUCACCUUCCCCUCCACUUGUGUACUGGGGCUAAUUGGUGCGGAGCAGCCGGAGCCCAGCUUCACACCUUGUUAGCACGGCCAUCAGCUCUCUUUGCCCUCCUGAUUGCUCCAGCUCAGGUUUGACUCCAAUCCAUCUCUGCAGCCACUUAUAAAUGCAGCUCGGGGGAGGCAGAGGGGAGCGGCGCUGGGCAGGGGCAGCAGAGCCAUGCUGGGGACCGUCCUGCUGCUGCUGGCGCUGGCCGAGCCGGCGUGCCCGAGCCCGGCCGGAGCCGAGAGCCGGAGAGCCGAGGCGCUGAAGAGGCUCCUGGAAGUCUUUGGCAUGGAAGACCCCCCACCCCCCCCGGCUCACGUCAAGCAGCCGCCCCAGUACAUGGUGGAUCUGUUCAACACCGUCGCCAACGCGGAUGGAGUCACCAAGAACCCCGACAUCCUGGAGGGCAACACGGUCCGCAGCUUCCUGGACAAGACCCAGAGCGAGGAGAUGCGGUUCCUCUUCGUUCUCUCCAGCGUGGCCAGGAGCGAGAAGGUCCUGACGGCAGAGCUGCACCUCUUCCGCCUCUGGCCUAGGGUCACCGACGGCCCUAAAAGGCACCACUUGUGCCAGGUCAGCGUCUACCAAGUGCUGGAGAGGAGCGAGGCGGCCGCGCCGGCGGGCAGGAAGCUGCUGGCGGCCAGGCUGGUCCCGCUGCAGGGCUCGGGCUGGGAGGUCUUCGCCAUCACCCAGGCUGUUCUCGACUGGACUGAAGAUGAAAGCAGCAACCAGGGUUUGCUGGUGACAGUGCAGGGGCUGGGGGGCAGCCCCCUCGAGACCCCUCCGCUGCAGUUUGCAUCUGGCAGGGACCACCACGAGAGCAAGAAGCCAAUGUUGGUCCUGUUCACAGAUGAUGGGCGCCGGGGAGCAUCUCCUGCCAUGUCUGGCUUCCCAGAUUCUCAGCCUCAGACCCCCAUUGUCCCCGCCAAGCUGUCGGUGCCGCGCAGCACGCGCUCGCUGGACCGGCUGCAGCCCUGCCAGAGGCACCCCUUGUCUGUGGACUUCGAGGAGAUCGGAUGGUCAGGCUGGAUCAUCUCCCCACGGGGGUACAACGCUUACCACUGCAAAGGCUCCUGCCCCUUCCCGCUGGGCGAGAACAUGCGCCCGACCAACCACGCCACCGUGCAGUCCAUCAUCAACGCGCUCAAGCUGAGCGAGGGGGUGAGCAGCCCCUGCUGCGUGCCCGACAAGCUCUACUCCAUCAACCUCCUCUACUUCGAUGACGACGAGAACGUGGUCCUCAAGCAGUAUGAUGACAUGGUGGCCGGGAGCUGCGGCUGCCAUUGAGGCAGGAGGAGCAGGGAGGCGGAAACACCACCAGGGCAGAGGCUGCUCCUGCUCCCUCCAGAGCAUCUCUGGGGAUCUCUGUCCUGCAACACCCUCUAAAAGAGAUGGGGUGAGCAAAGCAAGGGGGUGCCCGGCCCUGCCCCGGCUGCUGUCACCCACGGGAAGGCUCAGGACCGAGCUUGGAUUAA